AUGCGCAAGGGGACCGAAGGCAUCCGCCAGUCUACGCGGCUCCUUUGGCCAUCGCCUCUUCUUGCCGUUGGUCUCGUGACAGACCAGGAGUUUCACGCGGAGCGCAGACCACCGUACGACUACGGACCCGACGGCGGCGCGGGUUGCCAGAGCCGCGCGAUGCUGGUGGCUGUUGGGCAUGGCGUUGGAUCCGAAGGGCCGGUCGACUUCGUGCCACCCGACAUGUGCCAAGACAUUCUGAUCCAGAAGCCCUACGCGACUAUCCUCUCGGUUCUAAAGCGGAAGCCCACUGAGGCGCUCCGCGAGGCGGGCAGUCCGUUCUUGCUCUGCUUCCCGCGAGGUGUCUCCGAGAACCGGCUUUACGGCGUGUUCCCGCGGUCCGACGCCGCCGACAACCAACUCCGCGCGCAGCUCUCGUUGGGUCUGCCGCUCAUCCAGUCACGCCCAUCGAAGCAGGUCGACGGCCGAGGCCGUCUCACCUCGACGGCAAGCGACGGCGCGUCAGCGGAUCACGACAUCUAUGGCGCUGUGGUUGUCUUCAAGAAGCGGCGGUCUUUGCCUCCUCGCUUCUUUGCCGUCUGCUUGGCGCACGUUCCGCGCACAGAUAAGAACGGAGCCGUGGCCUACGAGCCCGGCUGCAAGGUCAUCCACGGCUGGACUCCUAGGUCGUUCAAAGCCCGCGGCCACGCGGCCGCAGGCGUAAGGCCGCACGACCUUGGGCAGACCGAUGCCGACGCCGACGUUCUCGUCACGGUGCAAAGGCGCUCUGUCCGAGCAGCGGGACGGCAAAGGGCAUGGUACACCGUUUCGUCAGGCCUCACCCAGGUCGUCUUCGAUCGCCGGGAGCUGGCUAAGCAGGCGAGGUUGAGCUCGCCCAACGCCUCUGCCGCGCCCGGCACGCUGGCAUUUAUGGGCAAGGCGUGUUCCGAUGAUGAGUAA